UAUUAAUGAGCUAAUAAAUUUUAAAAAAAUAUUUGAUAUGCAAGGUAUAUGAGUGAGAUUGUUCAUACAUAAGGUAUCUCAGGGUUGUAUGGAUUUUGUGAUUGCAACUAUCUAUCCCCGUAUGCUCCAACUGUGGAAAAAGACGAUGAUCAAUGUGACUAUCUAGCUAGGCUAUUUUCAUGUAAUGAUGGCAAAAACAAAAAUCAGCUCUUCUUUGCCCCGUAUUAUGAGGAUGGACAUUGGAUGUUGGCUGUUAUUUGUCCAUGGGUUGGUUUGGUGUAUUGGCUAGAUCCCGCGGGAGUAAAAGAUGAACCUCCUAAAUUUUCUCAAACAAUAAUCAACAAGGCAAUGAUCAAUUUUAGCGCGGAACAUCAAAAGGAUAUCACAAAAAUAAAGAAGAAACCUUACAUUAAAUGGAUAAGCAUAGAGUGUCCUCGUCAAGCUACUGGCUCUAGUGAUGGUGGAUAUUACGUUUGUCGCUACAUGAUUGAGACAAUUGAAUCUAGGCAAAUGAUCAUCCCCGACAAGUAUUUUAAGCAAGUUCCUCAUACAUAUUCUCAACAAAUGAUUGAUGAGCUUAGGGAAAGGUGGAUUUCAUAUGUUACCGGAUACCAUCAACCAAAUGAUGACGACGAUGAUUUAUGUGAAUUGUAGAUCAAUAUGGUAUUGAUAUUUUGGGGCAUCUGUUUUUUUUUUUUAAAUCAACAUUAAUUAGAAAGGUUUUUGAUAUUUAACUCACGUAUUUGUUUGUAUAGAACAAAUUUUGUAUGAAUGAUUCAAUUUAAUUGUGGUUGGAUGUUUUAAAUUAUAUAUAUGAAGUAUAUUUUGAUGGCUUUCGUCGUA